GAAGCAGGAGUUGCGCGGUGGGGUUUGCUGGCGAGGCUCGUUGCGCUGAAAGGCUGCCGCCCCUCUCCUGCGGUCCUGCACGGAACAUGCGUGGCUCCGACUUGCGCUGACUUCUUUGGCCCAGAGAACGCGAGAGAAGCCGGGCUCCUCUUUGCCCUUCAAUGCCGUCCCGUCGCCUCUGGUAGGAGUACCUGGUUGGCUGCUGCAUUGCCAGAGUCCUGCCCGCGGAGGAACACUUAAUUGAUGAGCUGCAACUGAAUAUCUUCUCAUUCCAACACUGACAGCGUGCCUUUUGGAAAUGGAACCAAAUGUUUGCAAUCUGACCUUUGGUUUCCAGAGAAGCUCAACAUCUGAUGAUGACUCUGGCUGUGCCUUGGAAGAAUAUGCCUGGGUGCCACCAGGUCUUAGACCUGAGCAGGUACAGCUAUACUUCGCCUGUUUGUCAGAGGAGAAGGUCCCUUAUGUUAACAGUCCUGGAGAGAAACACAGAAUUAAACAGCUGCUUUAUCAGCUACCACCCCAUGAUAAUGAAGUUAGAUAUUGUCAAUCUUUAAGUGAAGAGGAAAAGAAGGAACUUCAAAUAUUUAGUUCACAACGUAAGAAGGAAGCACUGGGACGAGGCACAGUCAAAUUACUCUCAAGAGCAGUAAUGCGUACACUUUGUGAACAGUGUGGUACAAAAAUAAAUGGAGGUGAAGUUGCAGUGUUUGCAUCAAGAGCAGGACCUGGGGUCUGCUGGCAUCCAUCCUGUUUUGUGUGUACUACGUGCAAUGAACUUCUUGUCGACUUAAUUUAUUUUUACCACGAUGGAAAAAUUCAUUGUGGUAGACACCACGCUGAACUCCUCAAGCCACGCUGUUCAGCAUGUGAUGAGAUUAUCUUUGCUGAUGAAUGUACAGAAGCAGAAGGUCGCCAUUGGCACAUGAAACAUUUUUGUUGCCUGGAGUGUGAAACCAUCCUUGGAGGACAGAGAUACAUCAUGAAGGAUGGACGUCCAUUCUGUUGUAGCUGUUUUGAGUCCCUGUAUGCAGAGUAUUGUGAGACUUGUGGGGAACACAUAGGGGUUGAUCAUGCUCAGAUGACUUACGAUGGACAGCACUGGCAUGCCACUGAAACUUGCUUUUCAUGUGCUCAUUGCAAAGUUUCCCUGCUUGGCUCUCCUUUCCUUCCCAAGCAAGGACAGAUUUAUUGUUCCAAGUCAUGCAGUCUGGGCGAAGAUGUUCAUGCCUCGGACUCCUCUGACUCUGCUUUUCAGUCUGCCCGCUCAAGGGACUCCAGGAGGAGUGUUCGUAUGGGGAAAAGCAGUCGGUCAGCAGAUCAGUGUAGACAGUCCCUUCUCCUGUCCCCAGCUCUGAAUUACAAAUUUCCUGGCCUGUCAAGCACAGCUGAUGAUACACUUUCAAGGAAAUUGGAUGACUUAAGCCUUUCAAGGCAAGGAAUGGGCUUUGUUGAUGAAGACAUCUGGAAAGGAAGAGGGGAGCAAGAAAUUCCAGAUGAUCCUGAAGAAUGGGCUGAACAUGAGGACUAUAUGACUCAGCUACUUCUCAAGUUUGGUGAUAAAAGUCUCUUACAGCAAUCAGUGGAAGUAAAUGUUAGAGCAAAUGAACAAUGGGUAUCUGAAAGCAUGGUUAAAGGAAGUUCUGAGUUGAAUAAAAACAGCCAAAACCUAGCAAGUAAGAAAUACCAGGCAGAUAUGUACUGGGCUCAGUCCCAAGAUGGUCUAGGGGACUCUGCUUAUGGGAGCCAUCCAGGACCUGCCAGCAGCAGGAAGAUCCAAGAGCUAGACAUGGAACACAGUGCAACUAGGUAUAAACAUGACCAAAAGCCAUGGUAUGAAAAUUCACUGGAAUGUUUAUCAGACCUGAAACAGGAGCAGUGUGUUAGAGAUUCAAUGGAUUCGCUGGCUUUGUCCAAUGUUACAGGUGCUUCUGUAGAUGGAGAAGUUAUACCAAGACCAUCUUUGUAUUCUUUGCAAACAUACCAAGAGCUGGAAGUAGACAACUGUGAGAAAAUGAGUAACAUGGGAACCCUAAAUUCCUCAAUGCUUCACAGGAGUACAGAGUCCCUAAAAAGUUUAAAUUCUGAAUUAUGUCAAGGCAAUGCAUUGCCAGAUGAAAAGCCACUACAUAUGCCAGUUCUCAGAAGGUCCAAAUCACAGACUCGACCUCAGCAGGUUAAGUUUUCGGAUGACGUCAUUGACAACGGAAAUUAUGAGAACCUCGACAUUCGGCAGCCUCCCAUGAGUGAAAGGACUCGACGGCGAGUUUAUCAGUUUGAAGACCUUGGGACUAGGCAGCAACAUCGGCGCAGGAAGAGUAGAAAGUCUAGGUCUGAUAAUGCACUUCACUUGGCUGCAGAAAGAAAACUCUUGCCAAAGGAAAGACUUAAUUUUUAUUCCCCUCAGAAUUAUGAUAAAUCAGUGUAUAAUAAAAGUCCACAUACUAUUCGGGCAUAUACUCCAAACUCAUACAGCCAGUACAGCCGUAUUUCUUCAGACUAUGUAACAGGGAACCAUCAAGACCAGUUUUUGGGAUUCUUUGGUGAUGAGGAAGACUAUUGGUGUUCAACUUCAUCAUCAUCUGAUUCAGAAGAGGAAGGUUACUUCCUAGGACAGCCAAUUCCACAGCCCCGAUCAGUGAGAUAUCCCUAUUAUACAGAUGACCUUCCCAGUCCAACUGCUGAACUUCCCAGUUCUCCAUUUGGACAAAGAGCAACAAAACCCAAAAAGCGAAAAGGACACAAAGGCAAAAACUGCAUAAUUUCUUAAACUUUACUAGUAUCUAUGAGCAAUAUGCCUACACAGUUUUUAAAUAGCUUAAAUUACUUGAUGUGAAACAAUAGAAGCACAUGUCUCUCUUCCCCCUCCCACCCUCAUAUUCAGUCAAGGUGCUGAAUAAUGUAACAAGCAGGAGGGCUGCAAUAAUGUAAGAGUAAAAUUGAAAACAGAUUAUGAUGCUACUUUUGGGGCUAUGCCAACAAAUGGAGAAAUUGAGUUCUAAGUGGCUUUUUUUUUUAUUAUGUGAAAUCCAAGAAAAAAUGCAGUAUUAUUUAGACCUCAUUUACUACUUCAGCUGCCUAUUUAAGUCAAAUGACAAAAGAAUGAAUGUCUGAACAUUUUUACCCCACUUUUCGUUCAGUUACUCACCAAUUGUACUAAUGUAGCCCAACCAAUUUUGAUGCUAUGUAAGAAUUUCUUUCAAUGGUUGCUAGGAUUCAGCUAGUUAAGUCAAAGGAUAGGAUCAUCCUAAUUCUGACAACUUUUUAAAGAUAAAAUGUGGUGUGUCAGUUAAUUGCAUUAAGGCGAUUAGCCUGCUUCUUAUACAGAACUAUUGUGAAAUCAAGUUUGAAAUUCCUGUAUAUCUGAAACAUUAUUGCAGGUUUCCAAUAUAGUAGGAGCAGCAAUUGAUAUUUAUAAAGUUUCAAAACUGUAUUCAUAAAUUAACAGUGCAAAUAAUGUACAUAUUGUAAAGUCAAAAUUUAAGACUAUUUUUAUAUCCCUGAAUUACAAGACACUCGUUAAAAUUCCAAAGUAGUUUUAUUUGAGGGUUUAACAUCAGCUUGAGUCAGUCAGGGUUUGUUGUGUCUGCAAGUUUAUAUUGGCAAAAUGUUUAAUUUUUCUGACACUAAAGCUCUGUGUAUGCAUGGUAGAGCUAUGUAAAUAUUGUCUAAGCUAUGGUCCUUUUAAACAUUAAAGACAUUAUUUAUGGGUCAAGAAAACUAUAUUGUAAAAAUGUAAAAAACCUGUACCAAUAUGGAAUAUAUAAAUCCACCAAAACAGA